CCUUGCCACCAGCCACACAUAGGAGAGUUAUUUAUCUGUCACAAAGCAGGCAGCCCCAGAUGCCGGGGGGAGGGAAGGGGGUUCAUUCACAGUGGCUCCAGCAGGACCUCCUCCUCCUUUGAGAGGGCAUGCUGCGUGGGGGAGGGGGGAGAAAGACACAGCAGGAGCCACAUUCAAUCUCCGCUAAGAGAGGGACCCACACACACACACACACCGGGAGCGCUUCCAAGCCCAGCCCCUCGCAGCAGCCCAGCCGCCGCAGCUCCCCUCUCUGCUCCUCAGGGCUCUUUGUUGGAAGGCGCCGACAGGGGGCUGAGUCACCAUGUCCUCCGCCAAGAAAGGCUUUUACCGGCAGGAAAUCACGAAAACCUUAUGGGAGGUGCGGGAGCGCUACCGGGACCUGCAGCCGGUGGGCUCCGGAGCCUACGGCGCUGUCUGCUCAGCUAUUGAUGGAAGAAAUGGCACCAAAGUGGCUAUCAAGAAACUGUACCGCCCAUUUCAGUCCGAACUCUUUGCCAAACGAGCCUACCGGGAACUGCGCCUCCUGAAACACAUGAAGCAUGAAAAUGUGAUUGGAAUAUUGGAUGUGUUCACACCAGAUGUAACACUGGAGAAAUUUAAUGAUUUCUACCUAGUCAUGCCAUUUAUGGGAACAGACUUGAGUAAGAUAAUGAAGCAUGAGAAACUAACUGAAGAUCGAAUCCAGUUCCUGGUCUAUCAAAUGUUAAAGGGCCUAAAGUAUAUCCAUUCAGCAGGCAUAAUUCACAGGGAUCUAAAGCCUGGAAAUUUAGCAGUAAAUGAAGACUGUGAAUUGAAGAUUCUGGAUUUUGGGCUGGCAAGGCAUACAGACAGUGAAAUGACAGGCUACGUGGUUACUCGAUGGUACAGAGCCCCGGAGGUUAUACUUAAUUGGAUGCAUUAUACUCAAACAGUUGACAUUUGGUCAGUGGGCUGUAUUAUGGCAGAAAUGAUAACAGGGAGGCCACUGUUCAAAGGAAAUGAUCAUCUGGACCAGCUCACAGAAAUAAUGAAGAUAACAGGCACACCAACUCAAGAUUUUGUUCAGAAACUACAGAGUCAAGAUGCAAAAAAUUAUAUCAAAAGCCUCCCAAAAGUGCAGAAAAAAGACUUUGCAGCCAUCUUGAAGUAUGCAAAUCCUUUGGCUGUAAACCUUUUGGAGAAGAUGCUGGUGUUAGAUGCAGAGAAGAGAAUAACGGCAGUAGAAGCUUUAGCACAUCCUUAUUUUGAAUCAAUUCACGAUCCUGAAGAAGAAACUGAGGCAGAGAAAUAUGAUGACACAUUUGACAAUAUGGAUUUGCCACUGGAUGAGUGGAAGCGCAUUACCUAUAAAGAGGUAAUAAACUUCAAGCCAUCUCCCCUGCCUGAGUCAAAGGAAACAGCAGUGUAACCAUAUGAACCAUCUCUUCAAAAAUCAAAAGCAGCAGGAAGGGUGUAAAUGCUUGUGAUAACUCAGUUGUACAAACCUUUUUAUAAAUAAACUGGAUGUAAUCUGUUAUAUGUGUAUUGUAAGGAAUAAUGGUGUUUUUACUCUAACCAGGAAGCUAGUGCCUUUGGAAGUAGCAUUUCAAGACUGUCUGGAAACUUACCUCUAUCCAAAUUUUCUCAUCUUUUUGUGCAAAUUUGUGGUUUCAUUUAAUCAAAGUACUCCUCAAAACACCAGGGUUUUCAUAAAUGUGCUUUAAUAGAGGGUAAUAGAGUAAUAGUUAACACCUUAAGCAAUCUGAGGCUAAAUGGACAAGUGUUUCCCUCCUCCUACAUGAAUGGAGGGGAGUAUGAGCCCCUGGAGCCAAGCCCAGAAGGCAUCAAAGGGAGUGUGCUAGCUUCCCUCUUGGUUCUUUCCUUCCUGCAGAAGCCAGUUUGUGGAUGAUCUGCAGAUUGUGAGGGAAUGAAAAUGUUGCUGGAUAGGCUCAACAAACCUACUCUGAGGGCUGUGCACAAGAGGCAGCAGUGGCAGUCAGGGACACCCAUGGCUGUAAGAGUUUUAGCAGGGGACUGAGCAGAGCCACAAGUGGUCCUGAUUUUAAAUAAUACAGUAUUUUCUUCCUCUUCUGAAUAACUUGCUCUCACUUUAUAUAGUGGAGUAGAGGGUCCUGGUUUCCAGGGGGAAAUUGUGAGGAUUUAUAACAUUCUAUAUAAGCUCUGUAAUUUCUUCAUAGUUUUGAUGUGGUGAUUGAAAAUGUACAUAGUGAUCGGGGGCAGGGGGGAGAUCAGUGUGUGGAUAUGAGUUAGAAAUAAAGCUACAUGCCAAGUGUCACUUCAUGACAAUAGGGAUGGAGAUGAUAAUACUUUUAUUCUUCUUCUGACCUGCAGCUAGAUGUUUUGUUCUUAUUGUACAUAGGCAGUAUUAGGUGUACAGAACUAAUCAUUUUAAAAUCUCAUUAUCUCAUUCUCUUGUGAAAAAUAAUCCCUUGACAGAAGGUACAAUAUUCACAGGAGACAUCUACCUGAUGAGUUACUCUGGGAUAUUGGUUAGAAGCUUCUAUGGGUUCUUCAGCUGUGUUCAUCUCUUGCACUUUCCUAGCUGCUUAGUUCAUAAUAAUCUCAGGGGAGCAGGAAAUGGAAAUUGACAGACCUUUGUACAUGUUUUUUAUGAUUAAAGCUCAUCUCUUUAAAAAUUGAAUACUUGCAUAAGGGUUACUCCCACUACAAUGUGCUGCUUUGCGUCAGUGCCAAGUGGAACAUCUGUGGAAAGAGACAUUUGAUCUUAGCAGCUAAUAACUGGAAAGAAACCCAGAGAUGGCUCAGUUGACUUAUUUUUUUACUCAAACAUUUUAAACUGGAAGGCUUCAUCAACUCGUUUUUUAAUGAUUGUUUAAUAUAAAGCACUAUAAAUACCAGUAUCUAGCAGAGAGGUAUUUGUGAUGAACACUGAGCAGCCAGAAGAGAUACAUGGAGAGAGGAAAUGGUAGCUAAAACCCUGCAAUUUUAUGCAUGCAUAAAUAAGCCUUUAAAAAAAACAAACAGCAUGCAUAAAAAGAGGCAAUAAAUGCAACCCAAAGGAAAGCCUUUUAGCACAUAAGACACUAAGAAAUGCACAUGUUGGGAGUCAUGUUCCAUUUUGCCACUACCAUUUGCUCUCACCUUGAGCUUGGUCUUAUGUUAUUAAAAGUAAAUAAGUGCUUUGUCAUUUACUUCAGUGGGCACAGGAUCAGGUCCUUUAAUAUCUGAGACCGUCUGUAUAUGGAAACUCUGGGUCUGAUCCAGCAAGGUGCUGAGAGCAAAUUACCUUCAACUCUCAUGGAAGGUAAUGGCAGUUAAUGGUGUUCGAUAGAGCUAGUCAGGAAAAACGGGACAAACACUUCAAUGCAUUUUUUUCAAAGUUUGUGUUGCUGUAUAUUUUUUAAAUACAUUUCAAAACUCUAAAUUUCACCAAACUUUUGGAAAUUUUAAAAAUUCCUUCCUGCACUACAGUUGGUCAAAUCUCAGGAUGACUGUUUUGUGAAAAAUGGCAAUUCUAUUUUUCCUGUCUGUUUUUUAAUUUCAUUGAGAUUUGGAAAAUGUUGACCCGUUCUACUGCUCAGCACUUAUUAGGAUCAUGCGACAUCUCCUGCAUUGGCUUGGAGAUGGACUUUUGCCUCUCAACUUACCAUGAUUUCUAAACAUAGAGGUGGACAGGCACAAUGAGACAUAAGCAAAAUAAUUUUAUUUUUUCUAAAACAUCAGUGAAUAUAAGACUGUUUUUUUCCAAGAAAGGGUUAAAAAAAUAAGACAAUGUUGAAAAGAAGACCUUAAUGAAAUAUACAGAAUUCUGAACCCUCAAAGAGCUUAAGCUAAGAACAAUUUCUGAG